UACUAUUAACACAAUGAAUAUCAAAUCUAAUAUUUCAAUUGCCAAGUCCAAAACCCUCAGACGCGGUAAAAAGAAGAAAAGUCCGCUGCAAUGAAAAUGGCUUCUUGGGACGAAGAGACUACGAACAAAGUUCUCCGCCAGGUUGAGUUUUACUUUAGCGAUAGUAAUCUUCCUCGAGACGAUUUUCUCAGAAAAUCAGUCUCUCAAAGCCCUAAUGGCUUGGUCAGCUUGGCUCUGAUAUGUACCUUCUCUCGCAUGAGGAGUUUACUUGGUUUGAGUCCUAACACUAAGCGUGACGAUGUUCCUGAUCGAAUUGUGAAAUCCGUGGCUAAAAUUUUGCGAAAAUCCAAUUGCUUGAGAGUUUCUGAUGAUGGUCAAGAGGUUGGUCGAGUUAAUGAGCUUAAUAAGCCAGAAGAGGUAAUAGAGCAAGUAGAUACAAGAACCAUUGCAGCCUCACCUUUGGAAUAUGAUGUCAAGAUUGAAGAUUUGGAUAUUUUCUUUGCUAACUAUGGCAAGGUUAAUAGUGUGAGGCUACCUGGUCAUGUUGCAGACAAAAAAUGCUUUUGUGGCACUGCAUUAGUUGAGUUCUCAAUAGCUGGGGAUGCUGAUAAUAUUCUGAAGCAAAAUUUGAUUUAUGCUGGUAACAAGUUAAAGUUAAAGCGAAAGAAAGAGUUCGAUUCUGAGAGAGAAUUAUUGACCAGUGAUGUUCUAAAGUCCAAUCCAUUGAGUGCUAGCGACACAAAUGAUGGUGCUAUGAAACUAAAGUACCAGAAAGGUUUAGUUAUUGCAUUAAAAUUGAAGAGAAAGUUAGUUGGAGGGAAUACUGAACAAAAAACAUGCGAAAAGACCGAUCAAAGUGAACAAAAAAUCUCUGUUGAUAAACAAACAAGAGAAGCGGCUGCCCAAAAAGAAAAUGACUCUCUCCUGUGUGCAGAAGUUAAGAACUCCUUUCAAAGAUUUGGCACUGUUAAGUAUGUUGACCUUGAUUCUGGAGCAGAUUCAGGUUACAUAUGUUUUCAAGAACCAGAAUCAGCUAUAAGAGCCCGUGCAGCUGCAGAAUUUGUGGAAGGCGGUGUUGAUUCAAAAAACUUCAUCAUGUUCUUAGAAGCAGUUACUGGCGAGGCUGAAGAGGAGUAUUGGAAAUCUUACCAACCAUUGUGAUAAUAGCGGUGAUAGAAUCGGAAAAGGUAGAAGACGCAAGCAUGCAUUCCCCGGAAAAUGAGUCUGCAGACUAGAGCUAAUUUGAUAAUCAGUAAAGGUUUUUGAAUUUUUUUUUAUUUUUUAUCAUAUAUGCCAAUGAAGUGAAAAUUUGCAGGAGGGUGAGACUUGGUGGCCAAUUUUUUGAUGAGAUAAUUGAAUGUCGUCAGCUCUAGCAACAAUUCCUUGUACAUUUUUUCCCCAAUGUUAAAGAUAUGCUAAGUAGAUUCGAAAUUACAAGAAUGGUAUGAGUUAUUUUGUAGUGGUAAAAUAAUGCCAAUUUUUUAAGGUAUCCACUAUUCAGAAA